GCACUCCUGGCGGCCACCCCAAGCCACCGCACGGAGGCGGCGGGGAGCCCCGCGGAGGUCGGCAGCACCACCUACCCUACCACCAGCAGCACCACCAGGGCCCCCCCGCCUGGCGGGCCAGGCGGCUGCAGCGAGGAGAAGAUCUCUGACUCAGAGGGAUUUAAAGCCAACUUGUCUCUCUUGAGGAGGCCUGGAGAGAAAACUUACACUCAGCGUUGUCGGUUGUUUGUUGGGAAUCUACCUGCUGAUAUCACAGAGGAUGAAUUCAAAAGACUUUUCGCUAAAUAUGGAGAACCAGGAGACGUUUUUAUCAAUAAAGGCAAAGGAUUUGGGUUUAUUAAACUUGAAUCUAGGGCAUUGGCUGAAAUUGCCAAAGCUGAACUUGAUGAUACACCCAUGAGAGGUAGACAGCUUCGGGUUCGUUUUGCCACACACGCUGCCGCUCUCUCCGUUCGAAAUCUUUCACCUUACGUUUCCAAUGAACUGUUGGAAGAAGCCUUUAGCCAAUUUGGUCCUAUUGAAAGGGCUGUUGUAAUUGUGGAUGAUCGUGGGAGAUCUACAGGGAAAGGCAUUGUUGAAUUUGCUUCUAAACCAGCAGCAGGAAAAGCCUUUGAAAGAUGCAGUGAAGGUGUUUUCUUACUGACAACAACUCCUCGUCCAGUCAUUGUGGGACCACUUGAACAAUUAGAUGAUGAAGAUGGCCUUCCUGAACAACUUGCACAGAAGAAUCCAAUGUAUCAAAAGGAGAGAGAAACACCUCCUCGUUUUGCCCAACAUGGCACAUUUGAGUAUGAAUAUUCUCAGCGUUGGAAAUCCCUGGAUGAAAUGGAAAAACAGCAAAGGGAACAAGUUGAAAAAAACAUGAAAGAUGCAAAAGACAAAUUGGAAAGUGAAAUGGAAGAUGCCUAUCAUGAGCAUCAGGCAAAUCUUCUGCGUCAAGAUCUGAUGAGACGCCAGGAAGAAUUAAGACGCAUGGAAGAACUUCACCAUCAAGAAAUGCAGAAACGUAAAGAAAUGCAACUAAGGCAAGAAGAAGAACGACGUAGAAGGGAAGAAGAGAUGAUGAUUCGUCAGCGUGAAAUGGAAGAACAAAUGAGACGCCAAAUAGAGGAAAGUUAUAGCCGGAUGGGCUACAUGGAUCCAAGAGAAAGAGACAUGAGAAUGGGUGGUGGAGGAGCAAUGAACAUGGGAGAUCCCUAUGGUUCAGGAGGCCAGAAAUUUCCACCUCUAGGUGGUGGAGGUGGCAUAGGUUAUGAAGCUAAUCCUGGAGUCCCACCAGCAACCAUGAGUGGUUCCAUGAUGGGAAGCGAUAUGCAUAUUGAGCGCUUUGGGCAGGGAGGUGCGGGACCUGUGGGUGGACAGGGUCCUAGAGGAAUGGGGCCUGGAACUCCAGCAGGAUAUGGUAGAGGGAGAGAAGAGUAUGAAGGCCCAAACAAAAAGCCCCGAUUUUAGAUGUAAUACCUAGGUUUUCAUUCCAGUUUGUUUUUGUCUUUUCUUGUUUAGAUACCAAUCUUUUAAAUUCUUGCAUUUUAGUAAAAAAGCUACCUUUUUAUGGAUGUUAGCAGUUUAUUGACCUAAUAUUUGUAAAUGGUCUGUUUGGGCAGGUAAAAUUAUGUAAUGCAGUGUUUCAAAUGGGAAUAUUUUUUCUUUUUAUUUACUUUUUUUUUUUAACUGUAUAAUGUCCCUCAAGUUAUGGCAGUGUGCCUUGUGCCACUGAAUUUCCAAAGUGUACCAAUUUUUUUUUUUACUGUGCUUCAAAUAAAUAGAAAAAAUAGUUAUAA